CGGCCGGUGCUGUUGGGAGGGGUGGGCAACAAACUGCCCCUCAAAACGCGACAAAACUGUUUGAAUAAAUUCAUUGACGAGUAUUUGACGUUUUGCGGGGAAGAGGAGGCAUUCAAACGAGGUUUGUCGUCCGAGAAGUCCGUAUACGACAGAAGCAAAACGGAGAACAUAUACAAAGUGUUUGCCGUCCAUGAGGUGAAGAAAAUACGUACCCAAUCGGAGUCCUCGAAGACCGGGUCAUCCCCACAGAAGCCGAUGACGGCCGACGAGAUGAAGCGAUUGGGGAACCGUGUGGUCAGUCACGAGGCGAUACUGAACGGCAAGAUUUCGGGCACUUUUAGUAUUGAAAAACGUCAGCAAAGGGUG